AUGGGUCCGAGCGGUGAAUGGCGCGGGAGCCCUGCUGGCACCAGCCGAAGCCCCCCUUCAAGCCCCGCCCGCUCCACCGGGGGACUGCUCGCCAAACCCGCCGAGUCCCUGCAGAGCAUCAAGGAGCACGUCAAGUCCAGAAUCGCGGGCGGCGACCCGUGCUCGCUCGAGGAGUGCAAGCGCCUCCUCCGAGAUGUGGUCGCCGCGAGCGAGGCUCAGGCGUCCGAGGACUUCCACCUCCUCACGUCAUUGUCCGAACAGGUCGCCCAGGUGGGCCAGGAGGACACGUUGGUCGGCCUCACCGCGGGCGCCCCGGAUUUCAACACGGAGACGCGCGAGCUCAUCGACUCGAUCCUCUUCGCGCAGGAGCGCGAUGCGGGCGGCGCGCGACACGUCGCGGUGGACUCGCACGCCGGGAACACCGGCGUGGCGGCGGAGAGGGUGCGUGCAAAGGUGAACCAGCGGCUCGUGGACCUGAUCGACAUCGCGUCGGUGUGCAGGGCGGAGCGGAUACAGCUGCUCGCGGAGCUCGUCACCGCGUCCAGGAAUCGACCAGCGCCCGCGCCCGCCGCGUUCACGCGACUCUCCCCGUCGGACGGCAAGAAGCUGCUCACGCCCUGA